CGAGCCGGAGGAGGGAGGAGGGGAGCCGGCGGAGCAGGGUCAGCCGCGGCGGCAGGGCGGCGGCGGCGGCGGCGGCAGCGGCGCAGCUCCGCUCCGCGCGCGUCUCCCGUCCCCGCGAUCAUCCAGGGUGCGCAGCCCCCGCCGCCGGGAUGCAGCCGCCCGCCCGCCGCGGCGACCGCCGCCUCGCGCUGGCCGCGCUGCUGGCGCUCCUCACCUGCUCCGUGGCUUUUGGUUUGGUUUCUGAAGAUACGAAGAAGAAAGAGGUCCAGCAGUCUCAGGAUUUUGAGGAAAGUGGUAUAUCAGGGAAACAUGACAUAGACUUGAAAGGCAUUGUAUUUGUCAUCCAGAGCCAAAGUAAUUCUUUUCACGCAAGGAGAGCAGAACAAUUAAGAAAAAGCAUCUUAAAGCAGGCCGCAGACCUUACACAGGAACUCCCCAGCGUUCUCUUCCUCCAUCAGCUGCCUCAGCAGGAGGGUGCCUGGACUAUCCUUCCACUGUUACCACACUUUUCUGUAACAUAUAGCAGAAAUUCAUCAUGGAUUUUCUUCUGUGAGGAAGAGACGAGAAUACAGAUCCCGAAACUCCUUGAAACACUGAGAAGAUAUGACCCAUCUAAGGAGUGGUUUUUAGGAAAAGCAUUGCAUGAUGAAGAAUCCACAAUAAUUCACCAUUAUGCCUUUUCUGAAAAUCCUGCCAUUUUUAAAUAUCCAGACUUUGCUGCUGGCUGGGCCCUCAGUGUUCCACUUGUAAACAAGCUUGCCAAGAGGUUAAAGAGCGAAUCUCUGAAAUCUGACUUCACCAUAGAUUUAAAACAUGAGGUUGCUCUCUACAUCUGGGACAAAGGAAGUGGACCUGCCCUUACCCCAGUGCCCGAGUUUUGCACAGAUGAUGUGGACUCCUACUGUGCUACCACGUUCCAUUCUUUUCUACCACUUUGUGGAAAGCCAGUGAAGAAGGAGGAUAUUUUUGUUGCAGUAAAAACAUGCAAGAAAUUUCACAGUGACAGAAUACCUAUUGUAAAGCAGACUUGGGAGAGAGAGGCAAGUUUCAUCGAAUACUACAGUGACUACGCAGAAACUUCCAUCCCUACUGUGGAUCUGGGAAUUCCUAAUACAGACAGAGGUCAUUGUGGAAAGACGUUUGCCAUUUUGGAAAGAUUUUUAAAUCAUAGCAAUGACAAAACAUUGUGGCUGGUCAUUGUGGAUGAUGAUACAUUAAUCAGUAUCUCCAGGCUCCAGCACUUGCUUAGCUGUUAUGACCCCAGUGAACCAGUGUUUCUGGGAGAACGCUAUGGCUAUGGCCUGGGCACCGGUGGCUACAGCUACGUCACAGGAGGAGGAGGAAUGGUCUUCAGCAGAGAAGCCGUCAGGAGACUUCUCGCCAGCAAGUGCAGGUGCUACAGCAUCGAUGCUCCUGACGACAUGGUCCUGGGAAUGUGCUUCAGUGGCCUGGGCAUCCCCGCCACCCACAGCCCUCUCUUCCAUCAGGCUCGGCCAGUGGAUUACCCUAAGGACUAUUUGUCUCAUCAAGUUCCUAUAUCAUUUCACAAACACUGGAACAUCGAUCCAGUGAAGGUGUAUUUCACGUGGUUGGCACCCAGAGAGGAAGACAGAGCCAGGCAGGAGGCACCAAAGGGUUCCAGAGAAGAGUUAUGACGCAUGGUGGUCUAUGAGCACCGCUUGGUGGGGACCAGCAACGGUGAGGGCGGCGUCACCCCGCUGUGCUGCCUGCAUAUGUCAUGUGGCGUUGGACGCUUCCUGCCUUGAGGUGGAAAUAAUGUAUUUGGUAUUUUUGAUUUGGGAAGAAAAGAAGUCAUGGGGAAACAUUUUUUUUUUCUGGGAAAAAAAUCAGUUUCUUUUGACUUAUACGGUUACUGUAGCGCAGUGAUUACUGUGUAAUUUUCAGGCUGUGAUACAGCAGCUUAAUUCCUGUCACAGAAAACAAAUAGCACCACAAGUCCCUUUUCUCUUCUCUGUCUUCAUUAUAAUGAGCUUCAGCGGGCAUGAGACUGCAGAGACGUGACUGUUCUCUAUCCAUAAAGAAGAAUGAAGGUCUUUUGACGUGGAUUAGGAUGGGUGAUAUGGACUUCAAAAGUACGUCAUCAGUAGUGAAGGCUAUUUUCCUGGGAAAUCAGUAGGGACAAUGGCAUAUUGAGGAUCAUUCAUAAAGUACCAUAAAAGUGUAAAUAUGAAGUCCCUCAGAUGCCAUGUGACCAUGGUUGUUAUGUUUUAUCUCUUCUUUGGCUGUUUGUACCUCAUAAAAGGAGAAUAAGAGGUGCAAGAGCUUUUUAUUUCUUUAGACGUUCAUCUGUGUUCUGUUCCUCCCUCCAGCACUGUCUUUAUGGACAUUUGUGGGAAGUGGACCGGAUACUGCCAGAAAGCAGCAGCCUCAGUGUAUAAAAGCAAGGUUGAUAGUUUCUCUCAAGUUAGUAAGCUCUGUGUGACUCAGGAAGUGCAUUAAAUCUGGACCUGAUAUUUCCUCUUGUUUUUCUUCAAAUGUUACUUAAUGACUCCCUCCUGACUCAGAGUGUACUUCCCCCAUCCCCUAUAUACACAGCCAGUACACCAUGAGACAGCCUGGUGAUUUGGCAAUUUCUGUGGCUUCUUAAAGAAUGAAAUUUGAUCAUAGUAUUUUAAAACAGCUCUAUCUAAUUUGCAGAUCACAUAUUUAAUAUAUAAUAAUUUAACACAUGCAGUGUUAAUGUAUAAAAUGUACUCUAAUGUUUUUAAUUAUAUAAAUUAGUUUUGUAAAGGUAUUUGCUUAAAAUUUGAUUUUUAUGUUGUAAACUAAUUUUGGUACUGUAAAAUGCUUUUUUCCCCCUCUUUUUACUAACAGCAAGAAUUUAUGAACUUUGCUUAUAAUACUUUUCAUAGCCAAGUACAGAGUUUUAAAUCAUGCCACCAAAAGUACCUGUGUAUUUUUUUUAACAAUAUGUUUUUCUUGGAGCCUAGAUUUAACUUAUUUCCAAAAUAAUGCAAUAGUAUUGAUUAUGUUUCCAAAUUGGCAAAUACCAGGACUAGAGUGUUUCAGUGAUAAUGUGCAUAGGAUUUCGUUUUGUCAAAAUGGACUCUUGGCCUGUCCAUGGAAUGGAUCUGGGAGGACCAUCUGUGUGAGAGAACCUUCGAGGAUCUGUGGAUCCUGCCAAGCCACUGUUGAUGGCAUCAGCCUCGUAGUCACUGUAACUAGGAUUGCUGUCAUGCUCCUGUAGUCUUCACCUCUUGCUGUGUGUGAUCAUGCUACCAGAGAGCCCUGGAAGCGUCUUCAGUUUCUUCUGCUCCUUCUCGCUAAUCGUUACCAGGCAGAGAGCAGCAUCUUCAUGCGGCACGUGUGUGUGUGUGAAGAGCUGUGCCGAGCUCUCUCCUGUGCUGGGAUCAGUGCCUUCUACCGAACACCGGAGCACCUCCUCUGGUACUUUCAGAUGUUUCCAUUAUGUUCACUUUUUGGAACUAUGUAAGCCUAACUAUGAAUAAAAGAUCUUUGUAUAAGUU